CAGUUACUUUUGAAACUAAUAACAACACAGACCACAAUGUUCAAGCUGGUGGUGUUGUCCGUUGCGCUCGCUGUAGCCUCAGCCAAUCCUAGUGGCAUUUGGGGUGGACUAGCUACGCCAUGGAACGCCGUCGCGACACCUUUAGGAGUUCCUCUCACUGGCCCGAUUCUCGCUGGUUCUCUUGCACCUAUUGCUCCCAUCGGCGCGUACAACUACAGAGGCCCGCUUUCUCUGGCUCCUGGUCAACCCGCUAACAUCUUGGCUGCUGAUGGCAGGCCCCUGGACACCCUGAGCGUGAACCUAGACCGUGCAGCUCAUCUCACCGCGAAGGCUAUUCAGGGAAGCGGACACUUGCUGAAGAAAAGGUCAAUUGUAGGUGCUCCUCUUGUCGCCUCACCUCUGGCCGCUACUCCAACCCAAUUGGCUGGUGCUGGUGUGAUCUCUACUCCAUGGGCAGCUCCUCUUACUGUAUCUCAAUCUGGACCUCUCGCAAUUGCGUCACCUAUUGCACCUUUGGGAUUAAGAUACGGCGCUGGUUUGGGACAACUGUGGUGA